CUUGUGCCAGGAAUUAAUAGAACUCAUGCAAGCUAUCCAUCAGUUAACAAAACAGAUUGUUGGAAGAUCCAAUGAGCUCCAUAGAGAAAGUUCACCUUCAUUUCUUGAUGAAGACCCCAUUUCCACAGAGCCUGGACAAUCCAGGCUUUCCUCCAUUUUCUUGGUACAUGGCUGUCAGGAAUCAGGAUAUAAGGUUCUGGUUGUGUUAGAGCUUUCAAAAUGAAGUCUUCAAUGGUUUUGGCAGCCAACUUUCUAGUUUUUCCUAGAUGGAGGGCAGUGGUUUAUUUUUUCAUUAGUUUAUUAAAUUUCUAUGUUAAUCAUGAAUUUGAGUAGAAUUUUUCCCUUUUUGUGCUCUGCUUCAUGUCUCCAGUAUCAGAAUAAGAGACUAACUAAUACUUUUUGAGAAAAUAACACUAAUCUGAUGCAAUAGCAAUCAGUUCUCACUUAUCUAUCUUGUUAUCUUUUUGGCUUAAAUGGAUCUGUUAACUUUCAGCUGAGAUUUUCUUUAGAUGUAACAUAUGCUGCAAUUUCAUAUUGAUGGGGCUGAAGUCACAGUUAUGCUGCCGGACCUUUUGUCUAAUCUUUUAGAUCCUAAUAUGACAGAAGCUGAAGGAAAGGAUUGAGCAAGUGAAAGAGACCAGUGGCACAUGCGGAGUUUUUACAUCAGAGAGUGAAUUUGGUGAAGAAAUGACGGACAUUCGUAAGGACCUUGUUAUCAUUCAUGGUGAGAUGGUACUUCUCAAGAAUUAUAGCGCCCUCAAUUUUGCAGGGUUUGUAAAAAUUUUGAAGAAACGUGACAAGAGAACAGGGGGAUUAUUGCGUCUACCUUUCACUCAAAUUGCACUUCGUCAGCCGUUCUUUACAACAGAAUCUCUCACAAGGUUAGUCCAGGAGUGUGAGGAAAAUCCAGAACUUCUCAUCCCAUUUGAAACAGAAGUCGUUGAAUCCACUUCUGCUGCACAAGGCGAGUCAAACUCACCAUUGAAUAAAGAUACAAAUAUUUCUCUGGGUGCUUAAUCAACUCUUGGAGAGGAAAGCAUGGAUGUAUAUCGUGGUACUCUUGCUGCAAUGAAAGCAAUACGAGGCCUUCAGAAAGCAAGUUCCACGUGUAAUCUAUUUUCUUGCUCUUCUCUCCUUAGGAGGCAUGAUGAUGAUAGUAAUGGCACUGUAACAGCAAAAAACUCAGCUACAAACUCUUUAGCAACUCUGCAAAAUGACAAGGAAGAUGCCCAGUCUGUGAGCAAAACCACUUGAAUCUUUUCCUUAGUGCUUAAAUUUUGGUGUGAUUUUUCUUCUAAAUCUAAUAGGUAAAAGCUUCCAACUAUAAUGUACAUGAAGCUGUGUUGGCGGUCAUGUGAGCAGAAUCAAGAAUUGAGAUUGCUAUUUGGUUAAUGACGUUUACAUUCUCAGUUGUGUCUUACUGUUUUAUCCCAACUUCCCAAGCAACUCA